AUGAUAAACAGUAGGCAUGCAAAUAAAAAGUUACAUACGUCUAAAGGAGGGAAAAGGCCCGCUCCAGUUACCCCCUUAAGAGAAAGUAAAAUAAACGAUAAUCUUCUCAUUUAUAGAAAAAAUAGACAAACAAAAAAUUACGAAAUAGGAGAAAAAAAAAAUAAUAAAAAUAUACUGGAACUUCUGUUAUACGAAAAAGGGCACGACAAAUAUGUGAACACCAUUUCGUUUUUAAAUAAAAAUAAGCGCAUAUUAGUCAGUAGCACAAAUAAGAACAGUUUAUGUAUCACAACGGGGAGUUGCAAAAACGAUGGUGUUAGGGUGUAUGAGGAAAAAAAAGAGAUAAACUUGCACCCCCGUUUUGAAAAUAUACGUUUACGUAAUAAUAACAAUAAUAAGCUCAAUAAUAGUCAUAGUAAGGAUAAUAUUUCUCGUAUACAAACGAAUAAACGGGGAAAAAGCUCAUGCAAAUUAAUUCACAUAAAUAAGGAGGAAAAUCGAGGGAAUUGUAAAAAAUGUCCUGAACAACUUUUGAAAAAAAAAAAUAAUGAACUCAUACUUGAUGAAAAAAUAAAAAAAAAAAUACAGCAUUGCAAAUAUUAUGCGAGUAAAAAUGAUAAUAAUAGUUCGAGCUUAGAUUUAAAAACAAAUAAGACAAUAAAAUAUGGCAGUCUUAAAAAUGAAAAAUCGGCUAGGAACAGAUCUACAAUGAACAAAAAAAAAACAGACACGUGUGGAAAUUCGCGUGUAAAGAAGAAUUUGUGGGAUAUGAGAAAAUUAGAAGAACACAAAUUAUCCGUUAGAACAAAUAUAAAUUUGACAUAUAACAAAUUUAUUGAAAAUUCAAGUAAUUGUUUACCCCAUAUUGAACAUAAAACAAGUGAUCAAAAGAAUACGCUCAAACAUUAUGAAGAGGAAAAAAAAUGUAAUAUAAAAUCUGACCAUGUUCAGGAAGAAAAAGAACGCGUAUGUAAUGUAAAUCAAAAAGAGGUAAAAAAUAACAAAAAUGGGAAGCAAAUACGGAUGAACAUCCAUCAGAAGUUCUCAAAAAAUGUGCACAAAUGUGAAAUAAGUUACACACAAAAGGGAUCAAAUCGGAAUGUUAAUUUAAAAAGAAGCAUAGAAAAUAAAUCAUUUACAAAUGGGAAUACUACUGACAACAGUAGCAAAAAUAUAGAGUCUUUAACCAUAGAAAUACAAGUACCCAGUCAUAGUAACCAUGUGAGUGAGUGCAGAGUGAGCACCAUUCUUCUAAAUAAACGAAGGAUGAAUGGGGAGGAGAUGGAAAAAUUAAUAUAUCAAAAUUUGGUAAAGGAGCACAAGGGCACCCUGGGUACACAGCUCAAAGUGGGGGCCACAUCGAGAUGUAACGUGCCAAGCGGGAAUAAGCUAAUUGGAAAUAUGUCAAGUGGGAGUAAGCCAAAUUGGAGUAAGCCAAAUGAGAGUAAGCCAAGUGAGAGUAAGCCAAGUGAGAGUAAGCCAAGUGAGAGUAAGCCAAGUGAGAGUAAGCCAAGUGAGAGUAAGCCAAGUGAGAGUAAGCCAAGUGAGAGUAAGCCAAGUGAGAGUAAGCCAAGUGAGAGUAAGCCAAGUGAAAGUAAGCCAAAUGAGAGUAAGCCAAGUGAGAAUAAGCCAAGUGAGAGUAAGCCAAGUGAAAGUAAGCCAAAUGAGAUUAAGCCAAGUGAUAAGAUAAGGAUAUGCAAAGAGGCACCUAAAAACUGUCCAAAAAAAAAAAAAAAAAUUGACCGAAAAAAUGAGUACCAAAAAAUGAUUGCAAACAAAAUGUACAAAAUAUUGAUCGUAAAAAACAACAGUAAGGAAGUGGGAAAUUACAUAAUAACAAGGAGAAUUGGUAAGGGGACUUUCGGAAAAGUUUGCCUGGGUAUUCAUAUGCAUACAUACGAAAUGGUGGCAAUUAAAAUAUUAAAUAAAAAUAAAUUGCUAAACUUAAUUAGUUAUGAUAAAAUAAUGAAAGAAAUAGAAAUACAUAGAAAAAUUGAUCAUAAUCAUAUAUGCAAAUUUUACGAAGUACAUGAGAACAAAAAUAAUUUAUACAUGAUUUUAGAAUAUUUGCCGAAAGGUGAUUUAUUAACAUAUAUAUAUGAAAAGAAAAAAAUUAAUGAAGAUAGUGCAAGGACCAUAUUUUAUCAAUUAAUAAGUGCUAUAGAUUAUUUACAUAAAAAUAAUAUAGUUCAUCGAGAUUUAAAGCCAGAAAAUAUUUUAUUAGAUUAUAAUGAAAAUGUUAAAUUAAUAGAUUUUGGUCUUUCUACAAUUUAUAGGAAGAAUAGUUUAUUGACAACAUCAUGUGGAUCUCCUUAUUAUACAUCCCCUGAGAUUUUAUUGGGUAAUAAAUAUCAUGCUGAACUGACAGAUGUAUGGUCUCUAGGUGUUAUCAUUUUUUUACUACUUAACCGAAAACUACCCUUUAAUCAUAAUGAUAUACAUAAACUAUUCCAGACAAUUAUAAAAGGUAUAUUACAUUUCGAAUUGCAUGUUUCAGUAGAUGCAAAACAUUUAAUUCAAAAUAUGCUUAAUGUGAAUUUUAAAAAGAGGUACACUUUACAUAAUAUUAAAAGUCACAUAUGGUACACUAAUCAUAAUAUGAAGAAAAUAAAAAAUAUUAUGUACAAUUCAGAAAAAGGAUGUAACUUAAUGAAUUGUAAUACUUGUUUAUAUAAAAUUAUUAUUGAAAAAGGUACUUACUACAACCAUUUGAUUAUAACUAAAAUUUGUAAAAUUUAUAGAUUAAAUCACAAUACCGUAUUUAACGAAAUCAAAAAUGAACAUAUGAAUUUCAUCAAAACAGCUUAUCAUCUUUUUCUAAACAAAACUAUUAGAAUGAUAUCAAAGCAUAACUACUUAUAUUCUCAUUUUGUUCUUGUCCAUAAAAAUUCGAAUUCUUUUUCUCCAAAUACCUUGGUACCUCCUCUUAAUCAUGAUAAAUUUAUUCCUAAUGUUUCCUCCCCUUCGUAUAAUUUAGCUGAUAAUAAUUUAUCUAAUAUUUUACAUAAUCCAAAAAUUAUUUGUCCUUUUAACUUUUUUGAUCUCAACAAAAAUAACAGCUAUCAUAUAUUAAUCCAGAAAUUGUUAGAUCAACAGAUAAAUCAUACAGAUAUAUAUGGCAAUGAUGAUAAAUCAAGCAAGAACACCAGCUUGGUAAGCUCGACUCACAAAAAGGAUAGUGUCCGUGGGGGAAAUAGGUGCACUUGUGAAUGUACUGGUAAUUGUACCGGUAGAUGCACAUGUAUGCAUAUAACUAAAUGUAGGUAUACAUUGUAG